CGCGCUUCGGGUCUCGAGCUGGUUCUUCCGGCGCCCGGGAGGGGGGACGGGGGGAGCUGCAAUGGCGCAGAAUCAGAGCAACUGGGAAGCGGAUAAGAUGCUUGACGUUUACAUCUACGACUAUUUAAUGAAGAAGAAGCUGCACAACACUGCGAAGUCGUUCAUGACCGAAGGGAAGGUGUCACCGGAUCCUGUUGCGAUUGAUGCUCCUGGGGGAUUUCUUUUUGAGUGGUGGUCAGUCUUUUGGGAUAUAUUUAUUGCAAGGACUAACGAGAAACAUUCUGAAGCUGCUGCAGCGUAUAUUGAGGCACAACAAGGUAAAGCAAGAGAACAGCAGCAACAGCAACUGCAGAUGCAACAAUUGCAUCUUAUGCGUCAAGCUCAGCUGCAAAGAAGUAACUCUGCUCAGUCUUCACUUGGAGGUCCUGCAAAUUCUGUCAACUCUGAAGGAAUGUUAGGGCAACCUACUGCCAGUGCACUAGCAGCAAAAAUGUAUGAGGAGCGCUUAAAAUUAUCUAAUCCGAUGGAUUCCCAGGUUUCCCAACCGCUUCUGGAUGCUAGAUUGGCCCUCCUGAAGUCAACAUCAAGUCAUCCUGGUCAAUUGGUCCAAGGAAAUUCUGGGAGUGUAACGGCAGCACUGCAACAAAUUCAGGACAUCAAAGGUGAGGUUAACAUGGGUGGAACUCCAAGGUCGUUGCCUAUGAACCAUUCUUCAAUCUACAGCCAGGGAGUCAUGCAGCCAAGACCUGGAAUUGGGAAUGCAGGAUUGAACCCUGGAGCUGGUGAUUUACCGCUGAAAGGAUGGCCUUUGACGGGUAUUGAGCAGAUUCGACCAGGUUUAGGUGCACAGGUCCAAAAACCAUUUUUACAGAGUGCAAAUCAGUUUCAGCUGUUGCCACAGCAACAGCAGCAACAGCUUUUAGCUCAAGUUCAGACACACGGAAACAUCAAUAAUUCACCUAUCUUUGGCGACAUGGAUCCUCGAGUCUUUAGAGGACUAGCCAGGGGAACUUUAAAUGCAAAAGAAGGCCAGGUGGUUGCGAAUGAUGGAUCUGUAGGCUCUCCAAUGCAAUCUACUUCAUCAAAGAUGAAUAUGCCACAACAGUCUUCGUCUCAGCAACAGCAGGAUCCUUUGCAGUCACAGCAAAUGCAACAGAACAACAGGAAGAGGAAGGGGCUGUCAUCUUCUGGACCUGCUAACAGUACAGGCACAGGAACUACGGUUGGAGCCCCCAACUCACAACCAUCUACUCCUUCAACUCAUACAGCUGGCGAUGGAGUUUCCAUGGCAAGCAACGUGCAACAAGCUGGUAGCAUGUCGAAAGGUUUGAUGACGUAUGGUUCAAAUGGAUUGGCCGGUCUUACAUCUUCUGCAAACCAGCUGGAUGACAUAGAUCAUUUUGGCGAUGUUGGCUCUUUGGAUGAUAAUGUGGAAUCUUUUCUCUCACAUGAUGCUGGUGAUGGAAGAGAUGUGUUUGGAAAGCUAAAGCAGAACGCUGCUGAACAUGCUGCAGAUUCUUCAAAAGAGUUUUCCUUCAACGAAGUUAGUUCCAUACGCAAGAGCAAUAGCAAAGUUGUCUGCUGUCAUUUUUCUUCGGAUGGGAAAUACUUGGCAAGCGCUGGUCAUGACAAGAAGGUCAUCCUUUGGAAUGUGGAAACAUUUCAAACUGAGAGCACUCCAGAAGAACAUACUCACAUAAUCACUGAUGUGCGUUUCAGACCAAACACAACACUAUUGGCAACGUCUUCAUUUGAUACCACCAUUCGGGUUUGGGAUGCAGCGCAACCAAACUUUUGCGUACGGUCUUAUACUGGACACACCUCCCAAGUGUUGUCCCUCGACUUCCACCCUAAGAAGAAUGAUCUUUUCUGCUCUUGCGACAGUAACAGUGAGAUUCGCUUAUGGAGUAUCAGUCAAUAUUCAUGCACCCGUGUCUCCAAGGGAGGUAUUGCACAGGUAAGAUUUCAACCCAGGACAGGGCAUCUGCUUGCGGCAGCAGCAAAUACUGUGGUCUCCAUCUUUGAUUUUGAGACGGACAGACUGUAUCACAUGUUGAAGGGGCACCAAUCAGAGUUACAUUCUCUAAGUUGGGAUGCCAAUGGAGAUUAUUUGGCAUCUGUCUGCCCGGAUUCUGUUCGAGUGUGGCGAGUGUCCUCGGGUGAAUGUGUUCACGAACUCAAUUCCAGUGGAAACAAGUUUCACUCAUGCGUGUUCCAUCCAACCUAUUCCAAUCUUCUGGUUAUUGGCUGUUACCAGUCGUUGGAAUUGUGGAACAUGGUAGAGAACAAGUGUCUGACGGUCGCAGCUCACGAGUGUGUUAUUUCGGCGUUGGCCCAGUCGCCGUUGACGGGGAUGAUUGCCUCAACCAGUCAUGACAAGUCGGUUAAGAUUUGGAAGUGAAAGUUCACCCCUGCUUUUCUUGCUUCUUAGAGGCCUUCAAUUUGAGCGUGUUUCAAGAGCUGAGGAGGGUCACAAAGGAGCCAAAAACCACUGGUGGGUGUCACCCAUACUUCCUCACCAACAUAAUUUAUCCAUUUAAUAAGGUUGAAGCAGGAUCUCGCUCGGCUUUGUCGUAAUUCUGGGCCACCCCAUAUCUGUAACACUAUGAUUGUCCCUUGGGAAUGUACAACAUCUCGAUUUAUCAUCGUUGGAAUCAUAAUUUCUCGUCUAU